UAAUGUGUUUGUGUGCAAAAUGCACAGAAAGCACAGCGUGGCAACUCUAUUUCUUUAUUUGAAUUUAGCCGCCGCCGCGUCUUUUUUGUUCUUUUAUUUAAUCCUACAAUUAUAUCCAUAAAUAAGAAAAAACGAACUUAUUGUUAAAUCUUGUUUGUGUUAUUACUAAAAUUCGUCAUAAAUUGUCAUUAAAGUCGCGUAUUGGGUUGAGGAGGAACGUCCUUCGGACACAAUUGGUGGUACAGCGAAGCAACAAGAGAUUCUUAUCACAAAACUUUAUUGGUGAAAAUAUAACUUAUUGUAGUUAGCAGUGUCUUUCCAAUUUGCCCAUCAAAAAUGAAUUUCGAUGAGGCAAAAGAGAAUAUACAACCCUUGGCACAGGGACGAAACGCAAGUAUAUUGCAAGCUUCCCUUAGAGUGGAAUCUGCUCAGGAAUUAAUGGCCCAAAGACAUGAAUUGGAAAGAGAGAUACACAAUUACACUGGCGAUGAUCCCCUUAGUGCGUGGUAUAACUACAUCGAGUGGAUAGAGCAGAGUUUUCCAUCGGGUGGUAAAGAAUCUGGAUUACAAGAGGUUUUGGCCAAAUGUUUGUCGCGAUUUGAAAGCGAAGAAAAAUAUAACCAAGAUCGACGCAUGAUCAAGCUCUACAUUAAAUAUAUUGAUAACCACAAAGAUCCCGCCGAAUGCUAUCAGCAGUUAUUUAAUGCUGGCAUUGGAACAAUGGUUUCCGAUUUGUAUAUUGCAUGGGCCUAUUGUUAUGAUCUUGUCAAUAACACACGUAAAGCUGAUGAAAUAUUUCGCCGCGGUAUUGCUUGUCGGGCCCAGCCCUUGGAAGAACUACAAGAGGCACAUCAGCAUUUCGGUUUCACUGUGGCCCAACGUUUGAUGUACAAGGAUGAUGAUAAUGUUCAAGAAGAGACUAAUCGGCAGAUACAGGAACGUCGUCAGGCAUUAUCAUCGUUGAGAGGACAUCGCCGCAAACAAAUGGUUGGUAGUGUAAGAACAGGAACAGCCAUUAAAAGUAUUGUGCCAGGAACAGUUAAGACCGAGGCCGCAAAUUCGUCGGCUCGAGGUAAUGUCCGUGUCCAAGUAUUCAAAGAUGAAAAUGUAAGCCCCAACUUAGUAGUUACGGAUCCAUCUACUGAAUCAGCUGCUGAUACAACAUCGAAAGAUGAUGGAAAAUCGGUGGUGCGCUCUAUUAUAGACGCACAACGAGAACAAGAAAAUCUCAAGGAGCCUGGUCCCUGGAAUAAGCCACAUGCAAAAGGGAAACUUUUUUCCAAAAAAGUACCAACGAAUGAAUUAGGCUUUGAGAUACACGAAGAUGAGGGAAUUAAAGACGAAGAUAAAGAAGACGAUCAGCUAUUGCCUAUAAAAAUAUCAUUUGAGGAAUCCAAGUUUGACAAACCUAUUAAAUUGCCGCAAAACUUUUGUUCUCGAAAUAGACCCAAUCACGAUUGGAUAGUCCCCGUAACGACUGAAGAGCGUCCAGACAAAAAUGUUCUACCACUAUACAAUAAGUGUAAAAUGUAUCCUCGUCCGAAUGUCGAGUUUCAACCAGAAGAACUGAAGGCUUAUGCGUUCUUUAAAAAACGAAACAUAGAGAAUUCGUUUGUGACCAAACGUGAUAAAUUCUGGGGCCGUGGUCCACUCUAUAAUGUACGGCAAUUUCCUCAUUUUGCCAAGCAAUCUAAGCCUCAGGAACCAAGUCCCAUGGAUGAUUUUUUUGCACCGCCAAUCAUGCCAAAUAUAUUGGUGCCGUACAAGGAAAUCUAUAACGUGGAAGAAAAGAUUGAACGUUCAUUCGAAGAAAUUCUGGCUCAAAGAAUUCGGCGCAAUGAAACCAUUAUUCAAACAGCAGAUAUGGAGGAAACCAUUUGCGCAACUAGCGAAAAAAUACAAAGACGUAAAAGCUUUUUCCCCAUGCGCAAAUCGAUUGCUCCCUGUCCCAAUAGAGGAGGAGCUGGAAGAAAAUAUUCUAUAAUGCCAAGUAUUGCAGCGGAAGAAGAUGAGGACAGUUGUGAGGCUAAGAAGCAGGAUAAUCAGGGUGCAGAAAAAUGUUUGCCCAUCUUUGAAAAUUGCGAAGAUAUACAGUUUCCUAAAAUACUUUCCAAGUUGCAUGCUACUAAGGAACCAUCUACAGAGAUGAUUUCCAAAACAGAAUUACCCAAAAUUUUCUCAAAAAUCCAGAGUCAUCAGGAGGAGUCUGCAUCAAAACCUGUUAGUGUAGAAUCACAAUUACCCCAACAAAAUUAUGGAAAUCCCGAUUCAAAAGAUAUAGCUAAGAAAGCUGUUAUGGCUGACUGUAUGGAAAAACCAACAAGUGCAGAUGCAAAACCCCCACCAACCAUACGUAUUUUUGAAGAUUCGGUUAAACUGCCAGAAGCAGCUAAAGUUUCUAAUAUUGUCGACAAACCAAAAGCAGAAGAACUGACUUCAAAACCGGUAGAACGAUUUGAAAUCUACCAGGAAGAAACUAGUUUCAUUAGCCCUGUCCCAAAGACGUUGCCAUUAGAGGCUGAAACGACAGAAGGUUUUCAAUUUAAAACCCCUUUGCCUCCUUCAACAACAGCAAGUCAACCCAAGUCAAAUAAACUACCAUUUGAGAUUUUCGAAGACAAUGGUACUGCAUCUGCACGCAAAUCUCCCGAUAUGGCCUGUGGUUCUGGAGGUUUCUUUGAUGCUGACGAAACUUGCUCAACACAAACUUUCAAUAUAUUCCUUAAAGCUCAAAGUGUUAGUACGCCCAAAAUGAAACCGGAACCUCAGAGAAUUUUCGGCAAUGUAUUGAAGGAAACGGCACCUCCACCGGCGUCAGCUGCUCAGGCUGUACCAAAUGAGGAGGAAGCAAAACACGUUAAUGUAGGUGGUGCUGCUAUAGCUUUACCUGAGAUUACGAACGAUGAAAAUUCGCCAGCCCCCGCUACUCUGUUCUCCCCGCAACGUAAACAACUAUCAACCAUUUUGGAAACAUCAGAACAUGGAACUACACAAAGUACCCAUACGACCGGAGCAACUACAAAGUCAACAAUUAGUUCCCCAGAAUUAGAUCAGGAAUCCCAGGCGCAAGCUAUGGCCAAUACGCAGCACCAACCUACACUUGAUACUGUCAAGGAACGUACAAUAGAAGAUUCUAUAUCACCAACACCUCCCCAGGGUCCCAGUUCCUCGGACAAUAUUAAAAAAGUCGAAAAACAGCAAAUUAUUGCCGCAGAAAAGGAGCCAACAGGUCGUGGACUAGAAUUCUCAAUUUUCGAAGACACUGCCAUUGACCGAAGUGUGGGACAAAAGAAACUGGCUGACCAAGAGAAGGCACAGUCAAGGCCGUUGGCUACUCCGGGAGUUGCGAGACAUGAAUCGUCGGUACAAAAAAGCGGUCGAGGAAUGGGUCCAUUGAACUUUUCCAUAUUUGAAGAUAGCAUGGAUAGAAAUAGUAAAAAGCAAAAUGUCGGAGAUUUUUCUCGGCUAGAAGAAAGGGAAGACACCGAUGCGGGCUAUGUUGUUAAACCAGUACGUUUCCAGGAUGAUAAAACUGAAACUAUAUCUAAAAUGUUAUUGGCGCCACAGAAUCCAAUUAAAUUCCAGGAAGACAAAACGGAAACUAUAACGAAAAUGUUGAUGGCGCCACCUCAAGUAGUAAAAUUUCAGGAGGACAAGACCGAAACCAUUUCCAAAAUGUUAUUGGCUCCCCCAGCACCCGUCAGAUUUGAAGAAGACAAAACAGAAACCAUUACAAAGUUCAUGCUGGCUCCGCCUCAACCGUCAAAAAUGCCCGAGGUUGAGCUGUUGCCAAAUUUAUCAAUGAAAGACAACAGUUUGGCUGCAUCCAAAAGCCAAGAUAACUUCUUUGAAUUCUUUACUCAGUCGCCGCCAAAGGCCUCUAAAGGCGGGCCUAGUAAGAAGCUGGAGAAGCCUUUAAUGGGACAGCUGCGUAUGGCAGCAGAUAGUAUGACACCUGUAGCACAGAAUCCGAAACGUGUUUGCGAUAUGGAAACCCCAGAUCAAUUAAAACAAAAAUCCAAACCCUUGGGGUUGUUUAAGGAGUCAAAACCCAGCAAAAGUGUUUUGCGAGAUUCAUUUAUUCCAGAUUUCAGCUUGACUGACGACUCUGCGCCACCAACAAAACCGCAACAAACAAAAAUUGCUAAACCCAAAUCCGUGCUGAGGGACACUUUUAUACCGGACUUUUCACUAAUUGAAGAUAGUCAACCACAGCAGAAAACAUCCCAACAAAAAGUCACAAAUGAUUCAUUUUUGCCAGACUUGUCACAUAUUCCUGAAACUCAACAACAGGGCCACGACUCCAUAAUACCAGAUUCUCAGCCCAUGCAGACCUCAAGUAGCAGUCGAUUAAAACAAAAUUCUCUUAAGCCGACAAUGCAAUCAUUUUUGCCUACUUUUGCCGAUGAAUCCAUGGUACCCGACUCACAGCCAACCGAAAACUCUUCCAUGCGAAGGAAACAACAAAAUUCAAUGAAAUCUUCGUAUGUCUCUGAUUACCAAAUGGUCACCGAGAAACAGCCUUUAUCUAAUUCGGGAGAAGGCCAACCGGCAUCUAUGAGGAACAUACUUACCGACACAUUUAUGAAAGACUUUUCAGAAAUCAAGGAACCACCACCCAUGCCGAUGGAUGUUAAUGAAAUGACUCUAAUACAACCAAGUAAAAAUAACACCACACUAAAGCUUCUAGAGGAAACAAUAAGCCAUAAACCUAGUGAAUCCAUAAAUCGGCCAUUGAGCGGCAAUGUGAAAUCAGCUGCAUCUGGCUCAGGUGAAAAAUUAAGUUUCUUGGCCUCUAAUCCCACCAUUCAAACCUCAACCAUGGAAAACAAAAAAUCCUCUGGCAACAAUGAAAAAUAUUUUGAAUUAAAUGCCGAGACGGAAAUGUUUGGCACCAACAUUAGCAUGAUUAAAAACUCUACAUGGCUACCAAAUCAUGGUCCAAUGUCGUCGAGGAAUUUAUCACAUAUUCAAGAAGACUCUUUACACAUUAAAGCAGAGGAGUUAUCAGCCGAGACUUCGUCUAAAACAAAUUCACGCACACUGAUCAAGGACGUAUCUAGGACACAGACAUCGAUGUCGUCACAGCGCAACGAUGCGGGAGCAAGAGAAAUGCCUCCCCCACCACCAGCUAUCCAAAGCAGUAUGAUGGAUUUACCUAAACCAAAAUUAAGCUUUCUUGACAACACCUCCAAAAAUAUAAUGACUGGUGGUGGUAUAUCACGUUUUAGUAUCGAUGUCAGCCAAUCCGAAUGGGCUGCCAUACAGGCCCAAAAACAAAAGCAACCUACAAAUUCAACCAGCAUCAGUACACGUCAUAUCGAGGAACGCAAUGAGAACGAUGACGACGAUGAUUACGGUGAAAUGAGUAUUUACUAUAAACAAACACCCAAAACUCCCAAGGCACAAGUUCAUGUAUGGGAAGUGGCCGAAGAUGAUGAAGCCUUUAAAACGCCCAGCAACAAUCGUUACAUGCAUGCCGAUACAGAUCUUAAUCAAACUCAACAUUUAAUUGAAAAUAUAUGCGAAGAUCCGCAUGUUAAUCCGUUCAAAGUGGACCUGAUCAAUGCCUUUCUGGAGCAAAUACACUUCUCCACCUAUAUACAGGAGUUGACGCACUGCAUGAUGGUCCGUAGUAUACAUCGUUUAAAGCCUUCGUCGAAAUUCAAAAUUAAUAGCGUGGAAUUUGAAGUUAUGAAACUGAUAGGUGAAGGUGCAUAUGGUGCGGUGUUUUGUGGCAAAGAAACAGUCGGAGGCAAACGUUGUGCAAUGAAACAAGAAAAUCCGGCAAACCUAUGGGAAUUUUAUAUAUGCCUUGAAAUACACGAUCGCAUAUUGGUCGAUGAAAUGCUGCCAGCUUAUAUGAACAUAGAUUACGCUUUAAUUGGCAACAAUUCCAGUAUACUUAUAUCACAAUUUUCACCGUACGGAUCUCUUAUAACGGUUUGCAACAAAAUCAAAAAACACACCAUGAAAAACGUGGACGAAUAUGUGGUGAUGCUGAUGGCCAAUGAGCUAUUGGAAAUAAUAGAUCACUUGCAUGCUGUCAAUAUUAUACAUGCCGAUAUCAAAGCGGAUAACUUCUUGCUAAUGAACAAAUUACAAUACCCCAGCAAGGAACGCUGUAUACAGCUAAUUGACUUUGGAGUCUCCAUAGAUAUGAAACGUUUCAAAAAGGGUCAAACAUUUUCCUUCAUACACAACGACAACAGCUUCAAAUGUAUCGAGAUGCGUGAACAGCGUCCAUGGACCUAUCAAUUGGAUUUGUAUGGUUUGGCAGGUGUGUUGCAUGUACUGCUCUUUGGAAAAUACAUGGAUGUUGAGAAAAAGACUAAUGGCAUUUGGAUGCAUAAGACCCAUGUACCACGGUAUUUCAACAGGAACCUUUGGGAUGCCAUCUUUAAGGCCCUACUGAAUAUACGUGAUUGUAAUUCAAUGCCCAAUCUGCAGAACUUGCGAGCAAUGUUAAAGGAGGAAAUUGUCGAAAAGGAAAAAUAUGUUCUAAGAAUGGUGAAUGAAUUCAAUCGAGCAUUAGCUUGAUGUAGCUAAUGUUCACUAGCAAUCCUAAAUGAAUGUUGUGUCAUCAUGUCAGGAAAAAAUAUCUUAAAUUAAUUUCGCGUUUUUUUCGAAUGUUUUACUUAUUUUAGAAAACAUUGUUUGAAAACAAUUUUAGCUUUUAUGUUAUUAUUUUAUAAAGUACCAUUUAGAAGCACGCAAUUAACUAAGUAUUUACAAUAAAUUAUUUUUAACAACAAAA